AAGAAAAAGAACAACAUCUAAAGAUUCUUUUAUUGAAAUUUGAUUUGAAGUGGAAAAAUUAAUAAAAGUUCAUUAACAAUCAGUAUAAAUUUAGACGUUUGUCGGUUAAAUGGUUGUACGGUUUCGAGAAAUAAGGAAAUUAUAAAAAAAUCAUAUCUUAAAUUUAAAGAUUGGAAAAUAAUUAAAAUGAGUUGGAAAAGUGUAAUUUUUAGUUUAUUAUUGAUACAAGUGGCCACAAAAUCAAUAGUAGAAGGUCUCCAAUGUUAUGUCUGUGAAGAUUGUAAUGAGUAUGAAGAUUUUAAAGAAUUGCAUAUAUGUGGUGAAAUACCCAUUGUGGUAACGGAGAAACCUUUAACAUUACCGGGUACUUUAGAGGGUGGACCCACAAUUAAGCCUGCGGUGGUCGUAACACAGAAACCAUCUAACAAACCCAGCCUAAGACCAACAUUAUCACCAAAUAAUGAGGAUUACAAUGACAGUGAGGAGUCGCAUGAUGAGGUGAGUGUAUUAAACACUAAUACGAAAACAACCACAAAGCCAGCUAUCACAACUGCUUCUACGAGUAAAACAACCACCAAGCCCACCACAACAUCUGCUUUAAAGCCCACAACAGCUACCGAGCAGAAAAAUACAACAACCCAGUCUGCAACUCUUAAAGAAACAACUCAAACUACAACCCCAACUACUACUGCCAUUAAGACAACAACUUCUACGGCUGUUGCUGCUGCUGUUACCACUAAAAAACCAAAUCCUGCAGCAAUACCGGACUAUGACGACUAUUUAGAAUAUGAAGAUCCCACCAAUGAGAGACGUAGUGUUCAAUCUUUAUUGAAAAUUAAUGAACCUGUUUGUUAUAUGAUUAAAUACCAAGUUAAUAACACCGUUAUUACGAAUCGUGGCUGCACCAACUUUAUUAAUGCCAACAAAUAUUUGACCUGUCAAUCUUUAUAUAAUGGUGCUCCCAUGGAGUCUUGUCGUGUUUGCUCUUCCAACGGUUGCAAUAAAUAUCUUUCCGGUGAUAGUGAAGAAGAUGAACAUGGUAUACCCAUAAAUUCAGCCGGUAUUAUGGAAAAGUUUGGCUUUGUUGUGCUACUAUUUUGGAUUUUAAUAAAUCGUUGUGUAAUUUAAAUAAAUAUUUAUUAAA